AUGUAUGACUAUCAAUCACAAACGAGCCUUCCCCCAAUACGGGCUCGUCAACAACGUCAAUCUGGCGUACAAGUACAACAAUUAUAUGAAAGUAGUCCAGUUUUAGCCGCUCUAUCACAUCAUCCAACAACACAAUAUGCAUCACAUAAACUACAGCAUGGUGAUUCGUCUACACUUGCCAAUGCAAAUUCUACAACAGUGAAUAACAAUGGAACAACUAAUGGCUAUCAUAAUCAUCAUCAUAAUAAUAAUAAUAAUCAUCGUAAUAGUGUAUCUCAAGCACCUGUUCAACAAAAUACAUCCGAACAAUCAAUGCGUAAAAGUCCGAGUGUCGAUAGUAUGCUUAGUAUGCGUUCAUCCUCACAACAACGACGUUCAACAAAUGUACUUGAUCCUGAUACUGCUAUGAAAACAUAUAUGUCGAAAUUGACAGCUUAUGAACGACAUGAAAUAUUUUCUUAUCCACAAAUUUAUUUCGUUGGACAAAAUGCACGUAAACGACAAGGUGUUGGUGGUGGACCUAAUAAUGGUUAUGAAGUUUUAAAAAUUCUUGGUAAAGGUUCAUUCGGUCUUGUUGUAAAAUGUUAUGAUCAUAAAACAGGUCAACAAAUUGCAUUAAAAAUAGUUCGUAAUGAAAAACGUUUUCAUCGACAAGCUCAAGAAGAAAUUCGUAUACUUGAACAUUUACGUAAACAAGAUCGUGAUAAUACAUUUAAUGUAAUUCAUCUUUUUGAAUGGUUCCAAUUUCGAAAUCAUAUUUGCAUUACAUUUGAAUUACUUUCGAUGAAUCUUUAUGAAUUAAUUAAAAAGAAUCGUUUUCAAGGUUUUAGUUUACAACUUGUAAGAAAAUUUGCACAUAGUAUAUUACAAUGUCUUGAUGCAUUAUAUCGAAAUAAGAUAAUACAUUGUGAUCUUAAGCCUGAAAACAUAUUAUUAAAACAACAAGGUAGAAGUGGUAUUAAAGUAAUUGAUUUUGGUUCGAGUUGUUUUGAACAUCAACGUGUUUAUACAUAUAUUCAAUCGAGAUUUUAUAGAGCACCAGAAAUUAUUCUUGGAGCUAAAUAUGGUUUACCAAUUGAUAUGUGGAGUCUUGGAUGCAUAUUAAGUGAAUUACUUACUGGCAUGCCUUUAUUUCCUGGUGAAGAUGAAGCUGAUCAAUUGAGUUGUAUCAUUGAAUUAGUUGGAAUGCCUAGUCAAAAAGUACUUGAUGCGUCAAAACGAGCAAGAAAUUUUGUUAGUUCUAAAGGACAUCCACGAUAUUGUACAGUAACAACAUUACCCGAUGGAACAACAGUUUUACAAGGCGGUCGUUCAAAACGUGGAAAACAUCGUGGACCACCGGGUAGUAAAGAUUGGUCACAAGCAUUGAAAAAUUGUGAUGAUCCAUUGUUUAUUGAUUUUCUUAAACGUUGUCUUGAAUGGGAUCCACAAACAAGAAUAACACCAGCACAAGCCUUACGACAUUCUUGGCUUCGUCGUCGUUUACCUAAACCUCCAUCUGAAGCUCCUCCACCAAAUCGUCCAUCAGCCGUACUUCGCCAUCAUCAUUUACUUGCCGCCCAACAAACACAACAACAAACAUCAAAUGGAGAUAGAAGUACCAUGGGUGGUCAACUAAACAGUGGUAUGGGUGGUACGAAUGGAAUCUAUACAAAUCAUCAUCAACAGCAACAAUUAUAUAAUUCAACUAAUAAUAUAUCAUCAAAAACAUAUCCUUCAACAAAUGAGCUCAAUCGACAUCAGAAAUUACCACAUAUUGGUGGUGUUCAGCUUAAUUCUAUUAUCGACUAA